AUGAAGCUCAAGUCCGUCACAGAAAGCUUUGCCAAAGUGAUCCAUGGCUUGAACGUGGGACACCUGACAGAUCGUGUUAUUCAGAGGAGCAAGAGGAUGAUUCUGGAUACGCUGGGCGUUGGGUUCCUGGGAACCGGUACAGAAGUGUUUCACAAAGCCAACGAAUAUAGUAAAAUCUACAGUUCCAACGUAUCCAGCACUGUUUGGGGCCAGCCAACCUUGAGACUCCCACCGACAUAUGCUGCUUUUGUCAACGGUGUGGCUAUUCACUCCAUGGAUUUCGAUGACACGUGGCAUCCUGCCACCCACCCUUCUGGAGCUGUCCUUCCUGUCCUCAUGGCUUUAUCAGAAGCCCAACUUCCAAGUCCAAAGCUCUCUGGUCUUGACCUACUGCUUGCUUUCAAUGUUGGGGUCGAAGUGCAAGGCCGACUAAUGAAUUUUUCCAAGGACGCCAAUAACAUACCGAAAAGAUUCCAUCCGCCAUCGGUGGUAGGAACUUUGGGGAGUGCUGCUGCUGCAUCCAAGAUGUUAGGGCUCAGCAUGGCCAACUGCCAAAAGGCCUUGGCUAUUGCCGUUUCUCAUGCCGGGGCACCCAUGGCAAAUGCCGCCACUCAGACCAAGCCUCUCCACAUGGGGAACGCUGCCAGGCACGGGAUGGAAGCUGCUUUCUUGGCCCUGCUGGGUCUCGAAGGAAACAAGCAGGUCUUGGACACACAGACUGGAUUCGGGGCCUUCUAUACCAACUACUCCCCCAAAGUCCUUCCAAACCUAGAUUCUUACACGUGGCUCCUGGACCAGCAGGAUGUGGCUUUCAAGAGUUUCCCUGCACAUCUGGCCACCCACUGGGUGGCAGACGCCGCUGCAUCAGUGAGAAAGCACCUUGUAACUGACAGAGCCAUGCUUCCCACUGACCACAUUGAGAGGAUCGUGCUCAGAAUUCCAGAUGUCCAGUACGUAAACCGGCCUUUCCCGGACUCGGAGCACGAAGCCCGUCACUCCUUCCAGUACGCGGCCUGUGCCAUGCUGCUCGAUGGUGGCAUCGCGGUUCCAUCGUUCCACAGAGACCAGAUCAACAAGCCACAGGUGAGAGAGUUACUUGGCAAGGUGGAGCUGGAGCAUCCUCAGGACAACCUGCCAAGCUUCAACACACUCUACUGUGAGAUAAGUGUCACCCUCAAGGAUGGAGCCACCCUCACCGAGCGCUGUGAUACCUUCUAUGGUCACUGGAGGAAGCCGCUGAGCCAGAAAGACCUAGAGGCCAAGUUCAGAGCCAAUGCCUCCACGAUGCUGUCCUGCGAUACAGUAGAAAGACUUAUACAGACAGUGGACAACCUGGAAGGUAUAGAGGACUGUUCUGUGCUAACCUCACUUCUGAAAGGACCCUCUCCACCAGAGAUGAUUUCACAAUCCAUCUAG